UGAGCGCGGGUGGCGAUGACGGCCGAGCACGCCCCGCGGGCCCGGCCCUGAGGCCCGCCGGCCCGCCGAGCCCCCCGCCACCGAGGUCCGCAGACGCCGAGAUGACUGCGAGCGUCGCGCUGCUGCUGCUGCUGCCGCCGCUGCUGCUGGGGGCCCUCCCGCCGGCCGCCGCCGCCCGAGGCCCCCCGAGGAUGGCGGGCAGGGUGCUGCCGCGGCAGGUGGCCUGGCUGGGCCGCACGGUCCGGCUGCAGUGCCCCGUGGAGGGGGACCCGCCGCCUCUGACCAUGUGGAGCAAGGACGGCCGCACGGUGCACAGUGGCUGGAGCCGCUUCCGCGUGCUGCCCCAGGGGCUGAAGGUCAGGGAGGUGGAGCGUGAGGACGCGGGCACCUACGUGUGCAAGGCCACCAACGGCUUCGGCAGCCUCAGUGUCAACUACACACUCAUCGUGAUGGCGGGUCCUUGCCUCCCUGCAGAUGACGUGGGCACUGGGAAGGAGGCCUCGGGGCCCGGCGGCUCCACGGGGGCCCAGGAGGACCCGGCCGGCAAGCAGUGGGCGCGGCCCCGCUUCACUCAGCCCUCCAAGAUGCGGCGCCGGGUGAUCGCGCGGCCCGUGGGCAGCUCCGUGCGGCUCAAGUGCGUGGCCAGCGGGCACCCGCGGCCGGACAUCACGUGGAUGAAGGACGACCAGGCCCUGGUGCAGCCCGAGGCCGGCGAGAGCCGCAAGAAGAAGUGGACGCUGAGCCUCAAGAACCUGCGGCCGGAGGACAGCGGCAAGUACACGUGCCGCGUCUCCAACCGCGCGGGCGCCAUCAACGCCACCUACAAGGUGGACGUGAUCCAGCGCACCCGCUCCAAGCCCGUGCUGGCCGGCACGCACCCGGUGAACACGACGGUGGACUUCGGCGGCACCGCGUCCCUGCAGUGCAAGGUGCGCAGCGACGUGAAGCCGGUGAUCCAGUGGCUGAAGCGCGUGGAGCACGGCGCCGAGGGCCGCCACAACGCCACCAUCGACGUGGGCGGCCAGAAGUUCGUGGUGCUGCCCACGGGCGACGUGUGGUCGCGGCCCGACGGCUCCUACCUCAACAAGCUGCUCAUCGCGCGCGCGCGCCGGGACGACGCGGGCAUGUACAUCUGCCUGGGAGCCAACACCAUGGGCUACAGCUUCCGCAGCGCCUUCCUCACCGUGCUGCCAGACCCGAAGCCGCCCGGGCCUCACGUGGGCCCCUCGUCGCCGAGCAGCAGCCUCCCGUGGCCGGUGGUCAUCGGCAUCCCGGCCGGCGCCGUCUUCCUCCUGGGCACCGUGCUGCUGUGGCUGUGCCAGGCCAAGAAGAAGCCGUGCGCGCCCGCCCCGCCCGUGCACCGCGCGCCCCGCGACCGCGGCGGGGACAAGGACGCGGCGGCCCUCGGUGCCGGCCUCGGGCUGUGCGACGAGCACGGGGCCCCGGUGGGCCCCCAGCACCUGCUGGGUCCCGGCGCUGCCGCUGGCCCCAAGCUCUACCCUAAGCUGUACACGGACGUGCACACGCACAUGCACACGCACACGCACUCGCACACGGAGGGCAAGGCUCACCAGCACGUCCACUACCAGUGCUAGGGGCCGGCGGCUGCAGGGGGAGCCCUGGGCGUCACCUCUGGGUGCCACUGGGGUGGGCCUGGGGGCCCCAGGGAGGAAGGUGGAAGGGAGUGGGGAGACGGGACCCCAGGCGAGGAGAUGCAGCCAGCACUGGGGCUCCCGUGAGGACACGUCCACACCUGGCCAUGUGCCAGGACACGCAUACACACAGACGGGCCUCCUUGGACACACACACACAUGCACACACACACACACAUCUUCAUGUACACACACAGGGAUGCACACAAACACGCCACACAUGCAGACAUGUCCGGAAACCCCCCAGGCUCACAGGCAGGCACACCGGGACACCUGGACAGACACACACGUACCUACACGUGCCCCAACACGCACACACACAUGCACACACGUGCCAGGCCAAGGGCCACUGUAGAAGGUUUGUGUUUUGUGACUUUGCAGUGCAGAUGCCGUGGUGGGCAGUUGAUGAAGGAAUUCCCCACACCAGCCCCCACAAGGAGGUUCCCGGGGCAGCCCUCCUUGCGGGGAGCCCUGGGAGCAGCACCCUGGCUUUGCAACCCCCCAGCUCCUGCCCAGCACCUCCCACCUGUUCCUGCCCAGGCCCCGGCAAGCGGGCAGCUAUUUUUGCCACCACGUGUCCAGGAGCCCGUGGGCACCCCGGGCCCGGGGGGCAUCAGGCAGGUUCUGUCCUUGAGAGGUGGGAGCCCCCUGACCUGCCCCGCCAGGCCCCCCAGUGCCAGAGAAGGAGCCCCUUGGGUAUUUAUAUUUAAGAAAUUAACAUAAUAAUGAAAGGAGGGACAGCCUCCAUGAGGGCUGGGUGGGGGGCUCUGGCCCCUCCUGAGCCCGGGGGACCCCUUGUCCCUGAGGCUGCGGCAGGGUGCCCGUCCCCCUUGGGGCCACCCGCUGUCCUGUGGCCCAGGGCGGACCCACACCUCCGCAAUUUUAUAGAGUCUAAGACGAAGCCUUGUAUAUUUAAUUUAUUUUGUUAAACAAAACCGUGCGUCCUUUUCCUCUGA